AUGUUUAAGAAAUUAGCAGUGUUUCGUGCCGUUAAUUACGUAUUAACAUUGCACGUAAUGAAUCAUUUGCACACCGAACCCCUCAUCCGUAUUUACUGGAAAAAGAAUUGCAAAGCUAAUUUUAUAAAUGUUCAAGUUGGAGUAGCUAGGACUUGUAUGUCAUUUGUGGACAUAAUCAUGGGAAUUAUGUUUUAUGUCUUGAAAGAUGAACGAUUACUGGGACAAAUUGACAUGUGCUGCCGGAAACCAGUUUAUAAUUCUUUUACAGUAAACUGUGAGGGAUAUGAUGUUUCAUAUAUCAAUGAGAAAGCAGUCAUCGACAGACUAAUUGAUUGUUAUCCUGGCAGGGUUGCACCAAUGUCUGUUGAUGUGUUUGAUGCAUUAAUUUAUAAAAUGAGUGGUCCAUACAGACAUGCAAAAUUCUGGAGAUUUACGCGUCGUGUUGCAAAGGAACUAAUGAAAUUGAAUGCAUUGGAAUUCGUUAAAUAUUUGCAAAAAAUUUCCGAGGAUAUGUUAAAAUCUGAAAUGCUGUAUCGUCUUAAUAUUCAUGCAAAGCAGUACAUUGCAUCAGUAAUAAUAUGUAGAGCAGUGCGCAUCUGUAGGCUUCGAAUAUUGUGUGAGCAGGCUGCUACAAAUUGUCUUCUGCAAAUCAAAACGGGUCAUUUGUUGCAACCAUCUUUACUGUUUCUGGCACUCAUUGCAGAGGUUAAUGGUACUCUCAAAGAAAAUAUGAUGAAAAUCACUAAAUGUUAUGGUUAUUUAUAUCCAAUACUUGAGGGUUCUAGUUUUCUGAAUAUCAAGAAAUUACUGGAAAUGACGAAUGUUGAAUUUCAAAGCCAGACUUUUCAAAUUUCACCGUUUACUUCUCGUAUCAUCAAGGAAAUAACAGGAAUCAAAGAAGGAUCGACAAUUGGAAUUUAUAAUCACAUGUGUACUCGAGGUCUCAUAACUUCUUUUUGUGAAACUAAUUUGCAAAUUUUGAUGAUUGAAGAUAAUAAGUGUGCUGUAUGUCUGCAUACAUUUCCGUAUGGUAUCAUUUAUUUGUUGAAGCUAGCAGGUUUCCAGACUAGUCUAGGCUCAUUACGAUAUAUGGAUUACCAAGGAGAAGCAGGCAUUAAUCUCAGUGAUCAUCUUAUAAAUUACUUGCACUUGUCUAGUUACCAACUAUUGAUCACCGAGAGCAUUCUCUUAUCAGCUGUUAUUUAUGUCGUGCUCAUUUUUACGCUCCGAAAAAAAAAACAAUUCUGGCUAACUGAAGAGGUUCGUUAUGUCAUGCAUAGGCUGUGUUGCUUACAGUUUCAAAAAGAGAGGAUACUCGCGAAGUGGAAACCGGAACCACUGGUACCUGAAACACCAGCUGAACAUCCUGCCUUACGACCACAUUUCUUUGAUGGGAAAGUGUGCAAAUAUGUCAACUACGAUGGGAAAGAUUACUUCAAUUUGGUAUCAACAAAUUUUUUAGGUUUAAUUGGGAACGAAACUAUCGAAAAAGAAGCGAAGAAUGCAAUCGCAAAGUACGGUGUAGGUUCCUGUGGUCCACGUCAUUUUUACGGAACUGUGGAUGUACAUCUAGAGUUAGAAAAACAGCUAGCGGAUUUUUUAGGUUGUGAGGAGGCAGUAUUGUACAGUUGUGGUUUUGCAACUGUUUCCAGUGCUAUACCAUCAUAUGCCAAAAAAGGCGACGUUAUUUUUGCAGAUAAAGGAGCGAAUUUUGCUAUUCAAAAAGGACUUCAAGCAUCUAAAAGUCGUAUAGAAUGGUUUGAUCACAAUGAUUUGGACCAUCUGGAAAAACUGUUGAUGGAACAAACCGAUCAAGAUCGUAGAUUUCCCAAAUUAGCGUCAAGAACAAGACGAUUUUUGGUGGUUGAAGGAUUGUAUAUGAAUAGUGGGGAUCUUUGUCCUUUGCCUCAGCUUUUAGCUCUAAAAUGGAAAUAUAAACUACGGAUAUUCAUUGACGAGUCAUUAUCAAUUGGUGUCAUUGGCAAAACAGGUAGAGGUAGUACGGAUGAAAAGAAAAUAGUACAAAGAGGGAAAAAUUAUUGCGAUUCAUCCGAAAGACUUGAAAGAAGUGAAAUGCAAUAA